AAAUAAUUCAAUUUUUUGACGUUUUUCUUUCUCGCAUCGGCUUGUUAUCUUCGAAAAAGUCAAGUAAAUAAAUUGCAUUUUGUUCAAACUGGGUGUAACACCUGCAGUAAGUAACAGAAAGUGACAGCAAUGGCCAAAAACACGUCCAGCUCUGCGUUCCGUAAGAUCGACGUCGAUCAGUACAAUGAGGACAACUUCCGGGAGGACGAAGCCGAUCAGGCGUCCAGUGGCAUGAUCGUGCCGGACGAGAACGAAAUCAACACGCUGCUCAAUCAAGGAAGGAACAUAGACGCCCUGAAAACGGUUCUUCAAAACGCUCCUCUACUGUGCAAAAACCAACAAGUUAAGGACAAUGCUCUCAAUCUGACACUCAAAGUGCUGUUGUCGAUCAAAUCGUCCCAGAUCGAUGCGGCCAUCGAAUCGCUGGACGAUCCGGACCUGUGGGACGUGCUGAUGAAGUACAUUUACCGGGGUUUCGAGAUUCCUUCGGAAGGUUCCAGCGGGCAUCUGCUGACCUGGCACGAGAAGGUGUUCGCCAAGGGCGGCGUAGGAAGUAUUGUGCGGGUGCUUUCGGACAGUGCCCGUGCUUAGGCGUUUAGUAUUCGGCAUUUCACAAAGAGUUCUUUGCGGGACAAAAAGCAUUUUAACAUUGUUUGUAUUAUUUUGAGGAAAAAAAACUAAACUAACUGUAAACUGUUUUUUUUUUUGCUUUUUUAUGAUUUUCUUGUCAGUAAGUAAAAUUGAUAUAUUAAAA